CGCAGCGCUAUUUGAACGUCCUGCGUGAACCGUGUUCUGUAGUUUGAGCUGCAGUGGAUUUUCUCCGGUUCUGGUUCAAAUAUUCAGGCUUUAAUCUCGACAUGUCUGCUGUGGGGCUUCGUGCUGCGCCGCUGCAGGCCGCAGAGGAGCCUCUGAAGGCGGGGAAAAGCUCCGCGGCGGCUCGGCGUAGAGCCGCCCUGGGAGAGAUCACCAACCAGCCCGGACCGCUGGCCGAUACCAAGAGGACGGGAUCGUCCAACAAGUCCUCCAAGUUUUCCUGCUCCCAGAAACCCAGCCGGGUCCCGGAGGUCGCGGCCCGGGUCCCGGAGACGCUCCCGCCUCUUCCAGAGGAUCCGUCCCUGGAGGCGGAGCAGGAACUGUGCCCGGCUUUCUCCGAGACGCUGCUGCCGGUGCCGGACGUGGAUGAGCAGGACGCGGCGGAGCCGCAGCUCUGCUCUCACUACGUCAAGGACAUCUACGCCUACCUGCAGAGUCUGGAGGUGCAGCAGGCCAUCCGGGCCGACUACCUGAAGGGGUCGGAGGUCACGGCGGCCAUGAGGGCGAUCCUGGUGGACUGGUUGAUCCAGGUCCACUCUCGCUUCCAGCUGCUGCAAGAGACGCUGUACCUCACCGUGGCCGUCCUGGACCGCUUCCUGCAGGUCCAGCCGGUGUCCCGCAGGAAGCUGCAGCUGGCCGGCGUGGCCGCCAUGCUGGUGGCCUGUAAGUACGAGGAGAUGUUCUGCCCGGAGGUGGGAGACUUCGCCUACAUCACGGAUGACGCCUUCAGCAAGGCCCAGAUCCUGGAGAUGGAGCAGCUGGUGCUGAAGCGGCUCGGCUUCCAGCUGGGCCGCCCGCUGCCGCUGCACUUCCUGCGCCGAGCCUCCAAGGUGGCAAACACCGACGUAGAGAAGCACACGCUGGCCAAGUACCUGAUGGAGCUGACCCUGCUGGACUACCAGAUGGUCCACGUGCGGCCCUCUGAGGUCGCCGCCGCCUCCCUGUGUCUGUCCCAGCUGCUGGUGGACGGCCUGCCCUGGUCGCCCACGCAGCAGCACUACUCCACCUAUGACGAGGCCCACCUGCAGCCAAUCAUGCAGCAGCUGGCAAAGAACGUGGUUCUGGUGAACGAGGGGAGGACCAAGUUCCAGGCGGUGAGGAAGAAGUACAGCAGCAAACUGAUGAAGAUCAGCCUCCUUCCUCAGCUGAACUCCUCCAUCAUCCAGAAGCUGGCGGCUCCCUCUGCUAACGGAGUCCUGAGACCCGGGAACGUUUUCCUGUACUUUAACUGUUUGCACUUUAGUUUUGGAUUUGUUCUCUUGCAUAUUUGAUAAAUGUUUUUAUAAAUUUUCAGAGUUUUGUAGUUUUCUUCAGGAUCUUGUUGUACCUUAAACUGUAUUGUGAACAUGAGAUGCAAAGUUUGUCUGCAAGCCACUGCUCUGGAAACAAACUCUAAGACUUAUUUUAAUUUUAAACCAAGAAGUUGGGUUUAAUUUUUAAACUGAAAUAAAACCGGUUUUAAAAACGAA